AUGGGCCAGAGCAACAAUGUGACGGUAUUUAUUCUCCUGGGACUCACGCAGGAUUCUGAAACUCAAAAAGCUUUAUUUGCUGUGUUUUUGAUCAUCUACUGUGUGACGAUGGUGGGUAACCUGCUCAUUGCCCUAACUGUUACUAGCAGCCCCUCUCUGGGUUCCCCCAUGUACUUCUUCCUCACAUUUCUGUCACUCAUGGACGCUAUUUAUUCCACGACCGUUACCCCUAAAAUGAUUAUCGAUUUCCUCUGUGAAAAAAAGACCAUUUCCUUCUCCCUGUGCAUGAGCCAGCUCUUUAUACAGCAUUUAUUUGGUGGGGCCGAGGUCUUUCUUCUGGUAGCCAUGGCCUAUGAUCGCUAUGUGGCCAUCUGUAAACCCCUGCACUACCUGAUAAUUAUGAACCGAAGGGUUUGCGUUCUGAUGCUGUUGGUGUCCUUGGCCGGAGGUUUUUUGCACUCUUUGGUCCAACUGCUCUCUGUGUACCAUCUUCCCUACUGUGGCUCCAACGUCAUUGAUCACUUCAUGUGUGACAUGUAUCCAUUGCUGGAGCUUGCUUGCACGGACACUUCCUUCAUAGGUAUCACUGUGAUUGCCAAUGGUGGCGCUAUCUGCACAGUCGUCUUUAUCUUUCUAGUCCUCUCUUAUGGUGUCAUCCUAAACUCCCUGAAGACUCACAGCAAGGAAGGGAGGCGCAAAGCUCUGUCCACUUGCAGCUCUCACAUCACCGUGGUUGUCCUCUUUUUUGUGCCCUGUAUUUCCAUGUAUGCUAGACCCGUUUCCAAUUUUCCCAUUGACAAAUCUGUGACUGUGCUUUAUACAAUUAUUACUCCCUUGCUGAACCCUCUAAUAUACACUCUGAGAAAUUCUGAGAUGAAAAAUGCCAUGAGAAAGCUCUGGGGUUCAAAGUUCACUACAGCUAAAUUAAGAAUGUGUGCGUGUAUUGAAUGUGCAAUUUGUAAUUCUAAAGCAGCUUGA